CAGUGAUCUAGAAUUUGAUGACUUGCCUCGCAGUUUCUAUUUGUUUUAAGUUUUUUUUUGGCAACUUUGAUUUGUUAUCGCGACUAGCAAAGAAGUAGAUCCUUGAUUCAGAUAAGAAGCGAUCUGCCUCGCCGUUAUCCCUGCUGUCCGUUUGAAGUUGGCGCAUAUCACAACUACUGGAUCAGCAUCAUUCGAAAAUCCAUUCUUCAACAGCGGAACAACAGUCAAGAUCGUUCUGCCGAUCUUGGUUUUACUUUUUUGCGGGAAACUUUUUUCGCACUCGGCUUUACCAUGCUCGUUUGCUAGACUGAUUUAUCGUAGCACCUAAAACAACCCGUUCGUUCUAUCCCUACUUUUGAAGAACAUUUCUGUUUCACACCUUUUUAAGCCACACUUACAACAUUCAAGAUGGAGGACGCAGAGAAGAAGAUGGCGACGAAGAAAAAGAAGAUGGCGGUGGACAAAAACAAGAUGGACAAUAACCGACUGCGAAAAAUUAAACCUCGCUCUAUUGUUGAUUCUCUGCAUGUUGAAUAGCACCGUUAUGAUUUGUGCCUUAGCAUUAGGAUUAAUAGGUACAUCUGCACUACACAUCUGAGCUACUACUUGCUUAAUAAGAAACAGCGCACGCUGUAAAAGCGGCGCAUGAAGAGCAAAUCGAACUGGCAUAGCAUCAACAAAAGGGCACGGUUUUGAUUUUCCUUUUGUAUACAGCAAGACAAGAUGAUGAAGUACGACAAGCUGGACAAGAUGAAGGACAAAAAAGACAAGGGGAAGAAGGACAAAAUCAUCCUCUCAGAACUUCCCAUCGGCAUCAACGCAAAGAAGAAAUCGAAGGUAGAUGCUUUGUACUAUGUAGUUGCUUUUUUUUUUGGCAUUAGCGUGCCUGUGCGGACUCAUUUUUCUUUUUGAAUAAGUUAUCAAGCUACAACAAAAUGAUCUCGUAUGGAAUAAAACCGCUGUACAAAAACAACUUCCCCACAUCGGACUUGACAAAAAAAACAGAAGGACAAACUGGCGAAGCUGGGGAAGGCGAAGAACAAGGAGGCGAAGUCGAAGGGGAAAAAGAAGGGGUCUGCCAAGACCCGCGCGGCGAAGGCGAACCUGAUUUUCCCGGUCGCGCGUAUUCACAAUCGGCUGAAGAGCCGGGCGUCGGCGAACGCGCGCGUGUCCGGCACCACCGCGGUCUUCUGCGCCGCCGUGAUGGAGUACCUGGUCGCCGAGCUGUGCGAGCUGGCGGGGAACCGGGCCAAGGUGGCGAUGGGGAAUAACACGGUGAACAAACAGACGGGGCAGAACAAGAAGGCGCGCAUCACGCCGCGGCUGAUCUGCAUGGCGGUAAAAGAGGACAAGGAGUUCGACGAGCUGUUGAAGAAGGCAACGAUCCGCGAGGGUGGGGUGAUCCCGCUGGGGGACAAGCAACUGAAAGAGCAGAUGAACGCGCACAAGCGGGUGGCCGGCGCUUCGGGUGCCAAGACGCAGGUCGGGGGCGUCCCGGGGGUGGAGUUGGGCUAUGGGAAGGACGACAAGAUGAAGACGCCAUACAUCAUAUCAAAAGGAAAAAUCCCCCCUCCCCAUAUCGAAAACGAAAUUUGUGAUGCUGUAUUUGAGUACACAAAUCGACUUGUAAUGCUAGAAGGCCAAGAGACGCAGCUGUGGCCUCGUUUGCAGGCAAUUUGUCAUGCUGUUUCCCACUUCCAGCUGCCCCCUGUCAUGCUGAAGAUCCGAGGCUUUCCCACGCCAACCAGCACUACAGUCCGCAUCUUUUCCCUUCUAGCAUGACAAAGCUGAUUUGUGACCACAAAUCUGCAUCACAAAUCUCUAGUUUGAGUAUGGGGUGGGGGGAUUUUUCCUUUCGAUACAUGAUCGACGGAAAGGAUCCCAAGGGCUUGAAAGCGCCCUACGACGCGAGUUUGGCGGGCAUGACACCAUCGGGCUACUACGACCAGACCCCGGGAGGCUCCUUUUACGAGGAGGGCGCCACGCCGGCCCUGGCGGCCCAGUUCGCCGGAGCCGCUGGGCAAGGGCUGGGAGGACAGUAGUCGAGUUCGCUCCUACUUCCUUUUCAGGGACUUCGGUCGCCCUUCUUCGCUCAUCGCAGUUAGAAGUGAUUUGCCAGUUGUCUGCGAAGGUGGAUUUGUUGAAAAGUCUUGAGGUGAAGUGAUUUCUCGACUGCUCAUCUAACCAGAUUUCACAUCCAGACGCUUUCACAUGGUUUCUUUUGCCUGCGGUUCGAGCGCCUUAGUAUCACCAGUAGGAUGUUGAACUCAUAUACGAGUUUUUACACUAUGUUCUGUCUUUCUGGAACUUUUUUUUCGAAUUAAACGUACACGAAGGCACAGUCGAUUUGAAUUUCGUACUCGAUUGCGACAUGAUUCCAAAUCAGCAGCCCCUACUAAAAAAAUGAAACAGCAGUACCGCCACACUGUGGUCGACUUUCUGCCGGCUACAGACGCAUUUACAUUUCAUCUAGCAUUUUGAUGUCCAACGAGUCUAUGAUCCGUAAUAUGCAAGCCCGGCAGGAGAUCGCAAGAGGUCGAUUUUCUGACGCAGUUUGAGCACGAUGAUGAUUCGAGCAGUAAGAGGUGGCAGGAUAAUGAUACUACCGAAAAAAAACUUCUCUGAGCACGACAGCCCGUGGGGAAACGAACCGGUUCUGGUUUUCUACAGAACAACAAUUUGUUUUCGGCACGGAAAAGACUGCUGUCAGCCACUUCUUACGAUUACUAUGAUGAAAUUGAAACUACUGCGUGAUUCACUUUUAAUUCGAAAGGUUUAUUUCUAAGCCAUAUUUCUUUGAUUCGCCGAAGCCAAGAA